AGCAAAUGGCUAUGGCUAAUGAGUGGCUGCUAUGUCUGACUUUGUCAGCCAUCGUAGCUGCUUGGCACAGCGAGGCAAAGUCUGCUGUGAACACAUUCUCCAUGUCCCAGAUUCCUGAAAAAAUAACAGGUGUGAGUCCCAUCCACAAUGGCCAGGUUUGCAGUACAUGGGGCAACUUCCACUUCAAGACCUUUGAUGGGGAUGUUUUCCAGUUGCACUCCACCUGCAACUAUGUUCUGACCUCGGCCUGCCGGGGCAGUUACAAGGACUUCAACAUCCAGAUAAGAAGACAGGAUGCUGGCGGCCGUCCAACCAUCAAAAACAUCAUUAUGAAGCUGGAGGGUUCAGUGGUGGAGCUCACCAAGGGCUCGGUGGUCAUUGAUGGCAAAUCGGCUGUCCUACCACUCAGUCAAGCAGGCAUGCUCAUCGAGAAAACUCCCACCUACAUCAAAAUCAAAGCAAAGCUGGGGUUGGUUGCCAUCUGGAACGAGGAGGACUCUUUUCUGGUGGAGCUAGACUCGAAAUACAAGAACCAAACCUGUGGUCUUUGUGGAGACUUUAAUGGGGUCCAGCUCUACAACGAGUUCUACAGUCACGGUGUGAAAAUAUCCCCCAUGGAUUACGCUAACUUCUGGAAGAUGGAUGGUCCAACUGAAAGCUGCUCGGACUACACACUGGAGUCAACACAAAACUGCAACAACAUGAAACCUCUGUGUGAGCAGAUCCUGACAGGGCCAGCUUUCAACAGCUGUCACAAUCUGCUGGACGUCGCCUCCUUCACCUCUGCCUGUGUUGCAGACCUCUGCCACUGUGGCAAUGGCGUCGAGGAACAGUCAGAAGUCUUCUGCCUGUGCAGCACGGUGUCUGAGUUCUCUAGACAGUGUGUCCAUGCUGGUGGCAAGCCCCACAACUGGCGAACCAAAGAACUCUGCUGGAAGUCGUGUCCCUACAAGAUGGAGUACAAAGAGUGUGGGAGUCCCUGUGCUGACACCUGCUCCAACCCAGAGGCCAGCCACACCUGUGACAAUCACUGCAUCGAUGGAUGCUUCUGCCCUGCAGGCACGGUGCUGGAUGAUCUAAAUGGAAAAGGUUGUGUCCCACUGAGCAAGUGCUCCUGCAGCUACAACAGCAAGAUCUAUGGGCCUGGGGAGUCCUACUCCAGUCACUGCAAAAAAUGUGUGUGUGAGAGUGGCCAGUGGAUGUGUACGGAGGAGAACUGUCCAGGGACCUGCUCUGUGGAGGGAGGAGCUCACGUCAACACCUUUGAUGGAAAAGUCUACACCUUCCACGGGGACUGCUCCUACGUUCUGGCUAAGGACUGCAGUGGAAGCCAGUUUGUGGUACAGGGAGAACUGGUGCAGUGUGGACUGACUGACAGUGAAACCUGCCUCAAGUCCAUUACCUUGGGUCUGUCUGGAGGGGCUAAUGUCAUCACCAUCCAGCCCAAUGGCAAGGUUUUUGUCAAUGGCAUCUACGCUCAGUUACCCUUUUCUGCUGUUGGGAUCUCCGCCAUCAGAGCAUCCUCUUUCUACGUGCUGGUCCAGACAUCUGUCGGCGUUCUGUUGGAAGUGCAGCUCCAGCCAGUCAUGCAGCUCUACGUCACAGUGACCACGGAGUACAAGGCCCAGACCUGUGGUCUGUGCGGGAACUUCAACAGUAACCAAGCUGAUGACUUCCUUAAGCUCAGUGGCGUUCCAGAUGCCACGGCAGCAGGUUUUGUCAACAGCUGGAAGACACAUGCUCGUUGCCCCAAUGUAAAGAGCAACUUUGAGAACCCCUGCAGUCUUAGUCUGGAUAAUGAGAAAUACGCCCGCCACUGGUGCUCCAUGCUGACCGACCCUCAGGGAGUGUUUGCCCUCUGUCACUCAGAGAUCAGCCCUGACUCUUACAAAGAGAACUGCAUGUAUGACAGCUGUAACUGUGAGAAGAGUGAGGACUGCAUGUGUGCGGCUGUCUCCUCGUAUGCCCAUGCCUGUGCAGCUGCAGGAAUCCAGCUCAACGGCUGGAGGAAGACCAUAUGUGGGAAAUAUGCCAGCUCCUGCCCCAGCAACAUGGUCUACUCCUACAACAUCACAUCCAGCAGUCGCACCUGCCGCUGCAUCGGCUCCACGGACCUCAGCUGCCACUUCUCCUUCCCGCCCAUCGACGGCUGUAUCUGCGCAGAGGGAACCUAUCUGGAUGAGUCUGGGAAGUGUGUCCCAUCUAAGGCCUGUCCCUGCUACGACGAAGGCUCAGUGGUGCCGCCCGGACAGGUCGUAAAUAAGGAGGGAGUCAUGUGCACCUGCAAGGAGGGCAAACUCAGCUGCAUUGGAGAGUUUAUUGUGCAGCCAUCCUGUGCUCCUCCCAUGGUUUACUUCAACUGCUCUGCUAAUGGUCCAGCUGCAAAAGGAACUGAGUGCGAGAAGAGCUGCAACACAUUAGACAUGGCCUGUAUGACCACAGGGUGUGUCUCUGGCUGUGUGUGUCUAUCUGGGAUGGUAUCUGAUGGUAAAGGAGGCUGCAUCAAGCCAGAGGCCUGUUCCUGUGUUCACAACGGCAUCUCCUACCAGCCUGGAGAGACCACCAAGGUGGACUGCAACACCUGCACUUGUAAAGACAGGAAGUGGCAGUGCACUACCAACCAGUGUGAUGGAACCUGCUCUGUCUAUGGUGCCGGACACUACAUGACUUUUGACGAGAAGCGCUUCACUUUCGAUGGCAGCUGUGAAUAUAUUCUUACUCAGGACUACUGUGGCAGUGCUCAGAGUAAUGGAACCUUCAGAGUGAUCACUGAAAAUGUUCCAUGUGGAACCACAGGAACCACCUGCUCCAAAACCAUCAAGAUCUUCCUGGGGAGUGCAGAACUAAUACUAACAGAGGGAAGCUACCAGCUGCUUUCAAGUGGAAAUGAAGAAACAGUUCCAUUCCUUUACCGCACUAUGGGCAUCUACCUGGUAGUUGAAGCCAAUAAUGGACUCAUUCUCAUGUGGGACAGAAAGACCAGCUUGUUCAUUAAGCUCAGCCCAAAAUAUAAGGGACGUGUGUGUGGGCUGUGUGGUAACUAUGAUGGCAAUGCAAAUAAUGACUUCACUACAAGGUCCCAUGCAGUGGUGGUCAACCCACUGGUGUUUGGGAACAGCUGGAAGGAUUUGCCAAGCUGCCCUGAUGCUCAGGCCAUGACCAGCCCCUGCACAGCCAACCCAUACAGACAGUCAUGGGCCCAGAAACGGUGCAGCAUUAUACAGAGUGACGUCUUCGCUGCCUGCCACUCCACUGUGGACCCUACUCCAUACUAUGACGCAUGUGUGUUUGACUCAUGUGCUUGUGACACUGGUGGAGACUGCGAGUGUUUCUGCACUGCUGUGGCUGCUUAUGCUGAAGCCUGUAAUCAAGCCAGAAUCUGCAUACAGUGGAGAACUCCCAAGAUCUGCCCUCUCUUCUGUGAUUACUACAACCCCCCUGGUGAAUGUGAAUGGCACUAUAAGCCAUGUGGAUCUCCUUGUAUGAAAACCUGCAGGAACCCCUCAGGCAGUUGCUCUACGCAGAUACCUCCUCUAGAAGGUUGCUAUCCAAAAUGUCCUCCUGCUCAGCCAUACUUUGAUGAGGACACAAUGACAUGUGUUUUAAAAGAACAAUGUGGCUGCUUCACUAAAGAGGGGAGACACUAUAAAAAUGGUGACAAUGUUCCAACAACCGAAAACUGUCAAACAUGUACAUGCAGUUCUAUGACCAUCCAAUGCCAUUACGAUGCCCAAGCUUGUACUUGCACCUAUCAUGGAAACAAAUAUCCCCCUGGCAAUGUCAUCUAUAACACAACAGAUGGACAUGGUAACUGCAUCACAGCAGUGUGUGGAAAGAAUGGUACCAUUGACCGGACGUCAUACCCAUGCCAAAUAACGACAACACAUAUGCCAUCUACUGCUACACCAAGCCAGCCUCCAACAACCUUUGUUUUUACAUUAACGACAUCAGAGCCAGUCACAUGUAAUCCUUGUGAAUGGUCCCCAUGGUAUGAUACCAGCUUCCCCACACUGGGAACUCCAGGAGGGGACAGUGAAACUUACGAAAAGAUUAGAGAAGAGGGGUACAAGAUAUGUGACAAGCCAAGCGACAUCCAAUGCAGAGCUGAGAAAUUCCCUAAUGUCACCAUUGACAGUGUGGGACAAGUGGUGCAGUGCAAUCUGGCUAAAGGGCUAACAUGCAGAAAUGAAGACCAAUCAGGACCACUGGCCUUGUGCUUUAACUAUCAAGUUAGAGUUCUUUGUUGUGACUAUAGUGCAUGCCCCACAAAGCCUACUCCUACACCUACAAGACCUCCGAGCUCAACCACAAAACCCCAAAUAACCCCAACAACACAACAUGUUACUCUAACACCCUGUGAAGAAACAGUAUGCUCCUGGUCGAAGUGGAUAAGUUCAGACUACCCUGAGUAUGGUCCUGGAGGUGGGGACAAUGAAACCAUCACACACGUCAUCCAGAAAGGAUAUAAAAUUUGUGAGAAUCCAGUGGCAGUGGAGUGUCAGGGUCUGCACUAUCCAGGUGUUCCUCUAAAGAACUUGGGACAAGAGGUAACAUGUAAUAACCAAGGACUUGUGUGUAAGAACAGUUUACAGUAUCCCCCAAUAUGUUUAGAUUAUGAAAUAAAGGUAAAGUGUUGCAAAAAGGUUCAAUGCAGCACAACACCAAAACAUACAACAAUUACUUUCACAACCAAACCAACUACACCUCCUCAGACUACAACCACUACACCCUCUACCACGACCGAAACGACAACUGAGCCACCUACAACCACUACACCUACCACAACACCUUCUACCACAACUGAAACUACAACUCAGCCACCAACAACCACUACACCUACCACAACUGUAACUACUACAACUCAGCCACCGACAACCACUACACCUACCACAACUGUAACUAUGACAACUAAGCCACCAACAACCACUACACCUACCACAACUGUAACUACUACAACUCAGCCACCGACAACCACUACACCUACCACAACUAUAACUACAACAACAACUCAGCCACCGACAACCACACCUUGCCCUGGAGGACAUGAUAUGACAUGUGGCUGGUCAAACUGGAUCAGUCUGGGAAAGCCCACACCAGGCCCUAAUGGUGGUGAAGAUGAAUCCAUCCAGAAAAUAAUCGCUGCUGGUUAUGGUUGCAGAGCUCCAGAAGAAGUCCAGUGUAGAGCAAUUAAUUUCCCAGAUCUUUCCAUGUCACAGGUGGGACAAGAUGUGACCUGCAAUAAAGAUGUGGGUCUCAUUUGCAACAACAAACAACAAGGACUUCAGCAAGAGUGUUUUGAUUAUGAGAUUAAAUUCAAAUGCUGUGGGUGUCCAACACCUUCAACUACCACUUCCACAACACCUUCUACCACACCUGAGACUCCAACUACAACUCAGCCACCUACGACUACUGGUACAACCACAACACCUUCUACCACAACUGAAACUACAACUCAGCCACCAAUAACCACUACGCCUACCACAACUGUAACUACAACAACAACUCCGCCACCAACAACCACUACACCUACCACAACUGUAACUACUACAACUCAGCCACCGACAACUACUACACCUACCACGACUAUAACUACUACAACUCAGCCACCGACAACCACUACACCUACCACAACUGUAACUACGACAACUCAGCCACCGACAACCACUACACCUACCACAACUAUAACUACAACAACAACUCAGCCACCGACAACCACACCUUGCCCUGGGGGACAUGAUAUGACAUGUGGUUGGUCAAACUGGAUCAGUCUGGGAAAGCCCACACCAGGCCCUAAUGGUGGUGAAGAUGAAUCCAUCCAGAAAAUAAUCGCUGCUGGUUAUGGUUGCAGAGCUCCAGAAGAAGUCCAGUGUAGAGCAAUUAAUUUCCCAGAUCUUUCCAUGUCACAGGUGGGACAAGAUGUGACCUGCAAUAAAGAUGUGGGUCUCAUUUGCAACAACAAACAACAAGGACUUCAGCAAGAGUGUUUUGAUUAUGAGAUUAAAUUCAAAUGCUGUGCAUGUCCAACACCUUCAACUACCACUUCCACAACACCUUCUACCACACCUGAGACUCCAACUACAACUCAGCCACCUACGACUACUGGUACAACCACAACACCUUCUACCACAACUGAAACUACAACUCAGCCACCAAUAACCACUACGCCUACCACAACUACCACAACUAUAACUACAACAACAACUCAGCCACCGACAACCACACCUUGCCCUGGGGGACAUGAUAUGACAUGUGGUUGGUCAAACUGGAUCAGUCUGGGAAAGCCCACACCAGGCCCUAAUGGUGGUGAAGAUGAAUCCAUCCAGAAAAUAAUCGCUGCUGGUUAUGGUUGCAGAGCUCCAGAAGAAGUCCAGUGUAGAGCAAUUAAUUUCCCAGAUCUUUCCAUGUCACAGGUGGGACAAGAUGUGACCUGCAAUAAAGAUGUGGGUCUCAUUUGCAACAACAAACAACAAGGACUUCAGCAAGAGUGUUUUGAUUAUGAGAUUAAAUUCAAAUGCUGUGGGUGUCCAACACCUUCAACUACCACUUCCACAACACCUUCUACAACAACUGAAACUACAACUACAACUCAGCCACCUACAGUUACCUUUACUACCAUUACUACCACAACUAAGGAACCUGUAGUGACAGGAGGAACCUUUCCUCCCAUCCAAACAGCUUCUCAAGUAUAUCCCCCUUGCCAUUGCUCUCAUAAUGGUACAUUGUUUCCCCCUGGUUCCAUAGUCUAUAAUGAGACGGACAAUGAUGGCUAUUGUUACAUAGGGUACUGCAGCGAAACCUGUCAUGUAGUGGUUAAACAGCAAUGUCAUGUAGACUGUCUUCAUGAAUAUCCUCCAAGAAAGGAUGGGGAAGUGUGGAAGGAAAGAAACUGUACGCUAGCAAAAUGCAUUAAUGGUAAAGUGACCCGUACUCAGACCUCCUGUCCAACACCAAAGCCUGUAGUGUGCGCAAAUAACUUCCAUGCUGUUGAGGUGACAGAUGAUGACGGAUGCUGCUCUCACUAUGAAUGCCAAUGUGUCUGCUACGGUUGGGGAGACCCCCAUUAUGUCACCUUCGAUGGAACCUACUAUGGUUUUCAAGGCAACUGUUCCUACUGGCUGGUGAAAGAGAUAUUGCCCAGAUACAACUUCAGUGUGAUGAUCGAUAACUACUACUGUGGUGCAGCUGAUGGCUUGUCCUGUCCACAGUCUAUUACUGUCUUCUACCAAAACUACAAGAUCUUUAUUACACAGAAGGAUAUCAAUGGCGAUUUCAUAAACCAGAUUUCUGUGAAUGACAAGGCUGUGAGUCCUGCAUACCAGAAUGGUGACUUCCGUUUAACCACCACCGGUAUUGAUACAGUGCUCCUCAUCCCUAAAAUCCAUGCCAAGAUCACCUUCUCCGGGCUCAUAUUCAGUAUCUACCUGCCCUUUAGUCAAUUUGGUGGGAACACUGUGGGACAGUGUGGCACGUGCGACAACAACCGGACAGAUGACUGCAUGUUGCCCAACGGCAAAAUUGAUCCGUCAUGUCCUCAUAUGGCACACGAGUGGCAUACUAACAACAGUUACUGUAAUCCAGUUCCACCCACACCACCACCACCACCAACACCUACGACUACUCCCUGCAAUACAACCGUCUGUGAGAUCAUGAAAAGCAGUGUGUUUGAAGCUUGCCACAAGGUCGUUGACUACAGUCCAUUUGUUGUGGCAUGUGAGUUUGACAUCUGCAACAUGCACAUUAAUCACAUCGGCUGCACCAGCUUACAAACCUACGCUGAUGCCUGCGCCGAGAGCGGAGUGUGCAUUGACUGGAGGAGUGCCACCAAAGGACUCUGUGAAUUUAAAUGUCCAAGCCCCAAAGUGUAUGAGGCCUGUGGCCCUCUGGUGGAGCCUACCUGUGAUUCAUGGUACAAUGAGAAAUUCAUCUAUGCUGUCGACGAGUUCAGUGCCAUGAUGGACGUGAAGCUGGAGGGUUGCUUCUGCCCAAAUGGCACCUACCUCCUCUCUUCCAGCAUCAAUGAAUGCGUGCCCUCCUGUGAAAUCUGUCGACUCCCUAAUGGAAAAUGGACAAAGGCCAACACAACAUGGACAGAUGGCUGUGAUGAGUGUAUAUGUGACGACACACUGCAGGUCACCUGCCGUCCCCUGUUCUGUCCAACAGAGCCACCCGUCAGCUGUGACCAGGAGGGUCAGGUCAAGGUCACUGAUACUGUUGACUGCUGUCAAAAGGAGAGAUGUGAGUGUGAUAUGAAGCUGUGCCCUGAAUCUGUGGCAUCCUGUCCUAUUGGAUACACUCCAACCAUCACUAAAGGAGUCUGCUGUGUCAAUUAUACCUGCGAGAUGAAGGAUGUGUGUGUCCUUAACAACCAUGAAUAUCAGAUUGGAGAGAAGGUUCCCAUGAAGCCAUGUGAAACCUGCGUUUGUACUAACAAGCCAGAUACCGGCAGCAGUCUGCACCAAAUAGACUGUGAGCUUAAACCAUGUGACACAUUCUGCCCUCUGGGUUAUGAGUACCAGCACACCCCUGAUAAGUGCUGUGGGAAGUGUGUCCCCAUAGGCUGCGUUGUCAUACUGCCGAACAACUCUACACACCUAUUAAAGCCGGGCAUCAUUUGGAGCCCCCCUGGACUCCCCUGUUUGAAGUUUGAGUGCGUGCAGAUCGCUAAUCAGUUCAUCACCGUCGAGGCUAAGACUGUCUGUCCUCCCUACGUCGCUGAUGACUGCAUACCGGGGACUGAGACCAUAGCUCCAGACGGAUGCUGCCGUGUCUGUAUUCCGAAGGGUCGACAGUGCAGUGUGUCCACCACUCCUGUUUACCUGGAGAGCCAGGGCUGCCACUCCAAAGAGAGGAUCAAUGUCACAUCCUGUGAUGGAGCAUGUGGUACCUUCACCUUCUACUCCACCAAAAUGAGAGCCUUGCAGCACACCUGCUCUUGCUGCCAGGAGCUGGCCACAUCUGAGCGGAAGAUCCAGCUCUCCUGCCCCGACAACACUGAGCUCACCUACACCUACACCCACAUCGACGCCUGCGGGUGCCUCAAGACAGACUGCUCCACCUUUGGCCACAGCGUAAAGGCGACCACUCUCUCCAGCAACAAGUCACGUCGAGGCGGGAGAUGAGAAAAAAAAAAACAGGACCCAGAUAUUGUGUAAUGAGCGUAAAUUAAUAGGACCAGAAUUGAAUCCGUGUCAGCUUUAUCUGCAUACAUGAUUCCUCUAUUUAUGUCGAAUGUAUUAGCGUACUUUAGCGUGAUAAGAUUGUAAGCCCACAAAGUUGUCAUUAAUAAAGAUCAUACUGUAGCUGCAAGCUGA